CGGAGGAGGCGCCGGCCGCCGGGAGCCGAGCGCCGGAGCCCUUGGCGGGCGGGAGCGCGGGCCGUAGCCGCCGAGGACUGGGAUGGACAGAAGUUUGACCCAGAUCUUCCACCUUCAUUUACUCUUCUCCAAUGUUAGGGGUCAAGAGGCAACUGCCAUUAAAAGAUAGUGAGUGACUGUUGCCAAGACAACAAGCAUCAGGGGAGCAGCCAGAAGCAUUGACAGAAAGCUUAAAUUACCUAAAUGGACCGACAGGGCCGCCAGUGUGCUGGAGUGGAGUAGUCGGGAAAGAGCAGUAGGGGAUGAGAGCAGAGAAGUAAUGGGACUCAGAUCACCUAGGGCCUGAGAGACUGAUAAUGGUCUCCAGCUGCCAAAGAAGGUUGUGGAUGCCAAGAGAAAGGUAACCGUUUCUCAUCCCCUCGAGUGGAAUUGGGUGCCUCUAGGAGCCCACAUUGGCUGGCAGUAGACAUGGCUGAAUUUACAAGCUACAAGGAUACUGCUUCCAGCCGCCACCUGCGGUUUAAGUUACAGAGUCUAAGCCGCCGUCUUGAUGAGUUGGAGGAAGCCACAAAAAACCUCCAGAAAGCAGAGGAUGAGCUCCUGGAUCUCCAGGACAAGGUGAUUCAGGCGGAAGGCAGCAACUCCAGCAUGUUGGCUGAGAUUGAAGUGCUGCGUCAGCGAGUGCUGAGAAUCGAAGGCAAAGAUGAGGAAAUUAAGAGAGCAGAGGAUCUCUGUCAGCAGAUGAAGGAGAAACUUGAAGAGGAGGAAAACCUCACCCGGGAGCUAAAAUCUGAAAUUGAGCGGCUUCAGAAACGAAUGGCUGAACUGGAGAAGCUAGAGGAGGCCUUUAGCAGGAGCAAGAAUGACUGUACCCAACUGUGUUUGAGCCUGAAUGAGGAGAGAAACCUGACAAAGAAAAUCUCCUCUGAGCUGGAAAUGCUCAGGGUCAAAGUGAAAGAACUAGAAUCUUCCGAGGACCGGCUGGAUAAAACUGAGCAGAGUUUAGUGUCAGAGUUAGAAAAGCUGAAAUCAUUAACUCUGACCUUUGUAAGUGAGAGAAAAUACUUGAAUGAAAAGGAGAAAGAAAACGAGAAACUGAUAAAAGAGCUCACUCAAAAAUUGGAGCAGAACAAAAAAAUGAACCGAGAUUAUACAAGGAAUGCUUCUAAUCUUCUGGAAAGGAAUGACCUACGAAUUGAGGAUGGUAUCUCUUCCACACUGCCAUCCAAAGAAUCAAGAAGGAAGGGCACUCUGGACUAUCUAAAGCAGGUAGAGAAUGAAACAAGAAACAAAUCAGAAAAUGAAAAGAACCGAAAUCAGGAAGACAACAAAGUAAAAGACCUUAACCAAGAGAUUGAGAAACUUAAGACACAAAUCAAACAUUUUGAAUCUUUGGAGGAAGAGCUUAAGAAAAUGAGGGCCAAAAAUAAUGACCUUCAGGAUAAUUACCUAAGUGAACAAAAUAAAAACAAACUCUUAGCCAGCCAGCUGGAGGAGAUAAAGCUACAAAUCAAGAAACAGAAAGAAUUAGAGAACGGAGAGGUAGAAGGGGAAGAUGCUUUCCUGUCCAGCAAAGGCAGGCACGAGAGGACUAAGUUUAGAGGGCACGGGAAUGAGGCACCUGUGUCCAAGCACACACCCCGGGAACUGUCCCCUCAUCAUAAGCGGGAAAGGCACCGAAACAGGGAAUUUGUUCUCAACAAUGAAAACUAUCCUCUGAGCAACAGGCAGGUUUCCUCUCCCAGCUUUACCAACAGGAGGGCAGCCAAAGCUUCCAACACAGGGGCAGGUGCAGACAGUGGGACUCAGGAGACAAAGAGAACUGAAGAUCGAUUCGCAUCUGGCUCCUCUCAGAGUGAAGGGAAGAAGUCCAGGGAGCAGCCGUCAGUGCUUAGCCGCUACCCGCCAGCUGCUCAGGAGCACAAUAAAGUUUGGAAGGGCACUCCCAAGCCAGGUACUGAGAGUGGGCUGAAGGGGAAAGUAGAGAAGACAACACGAACAUUUGGUGAUACCACCCAUGGAUCUGCUCCCAAUGACAUACCAGGGAGAGGUGACAAGGCUUCUGACACCUCCACCGAGGCCCUCUUUGGCAAGAGGGGGCAGGUGCCUGGCAAUGGAAGUCAAUUAACUCAGGCUGCAGACUCUGGCAGUUCUAAGGCCAUGGGAGCUCUGGCAACAUCUAGAAGAUCUUCCUCAGAAGGGCUCUCUAAGGGGAAAAAGGCUGCCAACAGCCCAGAGGCUGAUACCAGUUUCCCAAAUUCCAAGGCUCCACCUUUAUCAAAGUAUCCUUAUAGCUCCAGAAGCCAAGAGAACAUCCUUCAGGGCUUUUCAACCCCAAAUAAAGAAGGAGUUGAUCAACCCAUAGCAGUUGUGAUGGAAGACAGUAGUCAGCAUGAGGCCCUGAGGUGUCGAGUCAUCAAAUCCAGUGGCAGAGAGAAGCCAGACUCAGAUGACGAUAUGGACAUGGUGUCUCUUGUUACUGCCAAAUUAGUAAACACAACCAUUACUCCAGAGCCCAAGCAACAGCCCAACUCUAGAGAAAAGGCCAAAUCCCGAGGGGGACUUAGAACCUCCCACUUUGAGAAUGAUAAAGAUGUGGGAACAGAAAAUGAAUCUGGGAAACCUGUCAGAGCCUCCACCAAUGCUGUGGAGCUCCCAGAGGCCAAUGGUGCCGGGGUAAAAAGCCAGCGGCCCUUUAGCCCCAGAGAGGCCUUGCGAUCUAGAGCCAUCAUCAAACCUGUCAUCAUUGAUAAGGAUGUGAAAAAAGUCAUGGGAGGAUCUGGAACCGAGGCCACAUUGGAAAAACAGAAGUCUCCUUCCAAACCAGGGCCAAACAAAGUGACAAGCAGUAUAACUAUCUACCCCUCUGACAGCAGCAGCCCGAGAGCCGCUCUAGGCGAGGCCCAGCGGGAGAGGCACACAUACACCAGCAACAUCCAGGUUGGGCCACCAGAGCUCACGUCGGUUAGUAACCAUGUCAGCUCCCCCUUUGAGCUCUCCAUUCACAAACAUGACAUCACCCUGCAGUUCACAGAAGCUGAAAGAAUGGGAGAUGGGGCCCCGAAGAACAGGCCGGAAACGGUGGUCUCUCGGAGCAGCAUUAUAAUCAAGCCAUCAGAUCCUGUGGAGAGGAAUAGCCAUGCACCCACGGCGGAGACAAUCAGGUGGAAAAGCCAUAGUGGCCCUUUAGAAGCGGGCUCUUCAGAUGCCAGACACGUUACUGUGAGAAAUGCCUGGAAGAGUAGGCGAGACUUGAACUCUUUAGAAGACCCCCCAACUCGAAUAGGUAAAAAUGUGGAAUCUACCAACACCUACAUUCAGAGAUCUUCCACAGACUAUUCAGACCUUGAACAGCCCAGCUCCUACCUUUUUGAGCAGGGCACUCGAAGGGUAGGCAACUCAGGGGAUGCCCCCGAGCUCUCCUCCAGAAGGACCCAAAGCAGCCUCACCGUGUCAGAGGCACUCACUCGUCGGAAUCGGGUAGGAGAUGCUAUCACAGCUGAAGCCUGGAACCACUCGGCAGGCAUGGAGGAAGGUGACGACUGCACACUCAGUGUCUACAGGCGACUGCACAACUCCCUCGAAAGGUCUGAACUGUCUGCAAAGCCGGGGCUGCCAGAGCCUGGGCGAUCCCGGGCUGAGGAACGGUUACGGCCAAACAGGCCCUGUGCUGAGGAAGACUGAGCCAGCUGGGUGAGGUCUGCCGUCUCCUCUGCUCCUGCUUCUCAGCCCUUCUGCCUUCCUGCCCUGUGAAGGAACCAGGCCAGAAACCAGGCCUGGGCUGGGAGACUGGCAGAGAGCCAGGCUGUGGCUCAUUUUUUGCCAGUUGGCCAGAGGGAAUCAGAAACUACAAGCUGGACACGGUCACCCAGGGCCAGCCUUCCCUGAUGCAUGAGUCUUCUCUCCUUGUCCCUGUCCCCGUCCCCCAGGUAGGAUGGGCCACUCUGGACCCCAAAUGAGGAAAGACAUAGAAACCCCUUGUAUCCCCACCACACAGCAGCAGCCAAAUCUCUUCUCUGCUCCUUGGUGGCUUCUGUGUCAUAGGGCAACCCCUUCUGUGGUUAAUGUUCUGAUUUCUUAGUCUCCUCACCACAUCCAGUUUAUUCCUCAUUUGCCCCAGGGGCCUAUGCACCCACCAGCCAUCAGCUCCAUCUAGGGGGUUCCAUUUCUUCCCCUGUGGAGUUCCUCAGACUUUUACAGGAGUUUAAACUUCAACCUUUAGGUUGAAGUUUCUCUGACUUGGUCCCCGGGCUGACCAUUGUUUCCUGGGGGCAGAGCACACGGGUACCCACCUACUGGAAUGACAUCACCCCCCCCGCCCCAACCCCGGCUCUCUGUUCACCUUCCAAAGGCACCUGGAAGUGCACAAGCCUCAUGCAUCUCCUUCCCUGGGCAGCAACAUGCUGCUGGCCUUGCCUGCUCCUCUCCUGUGGCUGGAGACUUCAGGCUGACUUCGUUGUUUUCUCCUUUGGAAUACUCCCAGACUACCUGGGCCUGACCCAGCAUACUCUGCCUUCUAGGAAGCGCCAGCACGGGGGAAAGUAGACAGGAAGAAGCGAUUUCCCCUUAGUCACUCCACAAAGCAAUGGCUCCAUGAAAGGCAAGGACUUUGUUCCUCCUCCUCAUCCCCCGUGGAGGAGGUAUCGCACUUUACCAAGCUGAUGCAUUCCUACAGAAGUGGGCCCAUGAUUUCUGCAAACCAACUAUCAUUAUGAUGACUUCAUUGGAGGAAAGGUAAUACGUGCCCAUCAAGGGCCCUAGAUUCAUACAAUUCAAAAUGCAGCAAACCUUCCAGGAAGCCACAUAAAGAAAAAUUGAUUAGAUUCCUUAUACCAAUCACGUGGGGAAAGAACCGUACAUUCUUGGCACUGCUUUUUCUAUAGCAUUCUCAGUUCAAAGAAGGGAUCCCCUUUCAAAGGCUACCUUUAUGAAGCAGACACUGUUCCUUCAUAGUGAAAGAGCAUUAGAGUGGAAGUCAGGAAAGCUGAAUUUUCUUCAUGGCUUUGUACUUCCUUGCUAUGUGACCUUGGGCAAGUCAUUGUCCUCUUGGGGCCUCAGUUUCCUUAUCUGUAAAAUGAAUUCUUUGAAAUGGAUGGUCUCUAAGGAUCCUAAAUCUGGCAUUCUAAGAUUUUUCUGUUUCCUCCCUGUGGGGGUGAUUCUCACUUGUGGAAGGUAUUGUCCAAAUGGGUUUACAUGUGUCCUUCCCAUCACCUUUGUUUUUCUGGGCCUUAUUCUUUCCAGUUCCCCGUGUUUUAAUGUCAUGAGGAUGAACUCAGAGAAGUUCCCUUGGCCUCACUUUUCCAGUUUAUAAAAUGAAAGGGUGAGGUUAGAUGGUCUCUGCGGCCCUUUUCAACACCAACCUUGCCCAGUGCCACACAGCAGGUCACAUGCUUUCCACAGCACAAGGUGUGUAUCUCCUGUUCCAGUGCUUCUUGAAUCUUCUCUGCCUCCGCUCAGGGUGGGAACCAGCGUUCGCCCCUCCCUUGUCUGCAUCAGAUUUGGCGAUCCUGGAGGAGGCUUGGGGAGCACCUACCUGACUUUCACGGACAGGAGUGUUUUGCUUAUACUUCCAUUUUCUGGAGUUUUGCCAAUCUAAGGGUAUUUGUCAUGUGGCUUGCCUUUUCUUCACAUUGCUGCCUCAGAUACUCAAGAUGCUGUUUUCAAAAUCUCUUCCUGCUGCUUUUCCUGGGUCAUUGGCUCAAGGCUGCAACCUCUCACUUGUAGCCUCCCUGCCAUUCUUCUUAACUGGUUGUCAACCCUGAGAGUCCAAAGGAAACAGACCCCUGUGGCGGUCAACUGAGGCUAUAGGAAAUUAGGUCUGUGGUUUGUUGCUGGUGGAAACAGAAGGGCGCCAAACGAUGCCUACAAAGAUCUCGCCAGUAAUUCUUGUCUUUUUGGGCGUUGGAGCCCUGGAUUCUGGUGCUGUAGCUCCUGGUGCCAAAGUCUGGAUCUUUCCACAUUUUAGCAGCACCAACAUCUGCCACCACCCAGAAUGCUCUGUGGAAGAGGGACAGCUGUGGUGCCCUUUUGCUGGGGCUGCUGUCUUAAAAUCUGAGUGCAAUAGGGUUUGAUUGUAACGGUUAUUUCAGGAUAAAUAUUUUGUUUCCUUAAUCUGCACACUUUCUAGAGCCGCUGUAAAAUAGAUUUUAUUUUUAAAUGUCCUCAGCAUUGCAGAAAAUAUAUUUGUAAUAGCAAGUGAACGCUAGAGGCUCAGUUCCUCUGGGCUUCAAAUGGCUGGCAAGGCUGGCUGUCAGAUUCCAAAGUUGGAAGGCCUGUUUCUGAAAAGCAACCUAGGUGUGACCGUCUGGACCCAGGCCUCACCAUCAGGGGUCCUGGAGGAAACUUCCAAAUGGGAGACCUGGUAGUUGAAUUGUUGUCUAAUCAAGCCAAACAUUCCCUCUGUCCCAGCCAACAAACCCACUUUUAUGACCAGCCUCUUCUGCAGCUUGGCUCUAACUCGGAAUUUUACUGGCAGGUGUAUGGUGUGUGGGAGGGUUCCUAGUAAGGUCUGGGAAGCUGGCACUCCAGAGCUGCUUGCUUGGAGGAAGUAGAGCUGGCUCAGUGCUAGGAGCUGGUCUCCUCCACCUGCCGCCGCCUGUCUCUCACCACUCUGGUACUAGAAACAACCAGAGAAAGCUGCAGGGACGGUGGGCAGAGAAGUCGUGGCUGUUUCUGCUUUUGCGUAGCAAGGAAACAGUUCCCGGGUGGGCCACAGGGAUUUGCAGUGGGGCCAAGGAUUCCAGCCUCGGCCACAGGCAGGCCUGCAUGUGACGCCGUCACCCUCGUGGGGUGUGGUAGCGUCUGUGUUGGUCUUGGACUUGCCAUCCUGGGGCAGUUUUAGUUCUUUAUAUUUAGUGGGUUAGUGCCAUGUGCUAUCACUUCCCAGUAAAGGAACAGGGACCCAGCCCCUGGGUCCCCAGCUGCCUUUGUUGGUGUGGGGUGAUCGUUACUCUGACAAGACUGAUUUGGAAGAGCUGCUUUUAGGGAUUACCUUUUAAAUACCCCAGGGUGGGGAACAACAGGGUUCUCCUCAAAGCCUCGCAACCAAGAUCAUAGGAAAGGGGCCCUACUUUCCUGCUGCUUCACAGCUCAGAACACGUACUGAAUGGAAUGUAUUUUUAAGAGAAUAAAGUCUAUUUUUUUUUGUAUUUUAAAGAUUGGGAGGGCUAGGGAAGUAGCCCCCAAAUAAACUCUUAUUACAUUAUAGGCCCCCUUGCUAGGGGACACAUCAGUAUCUGUCAGUCCACACCUACUUGCUCAGGCAGGUGCUCUGGUCUCUCCCCUGCUCCUUGGAGUCUAGGUGCAGCAGCUUCUCCUACAUUCCUGCUCCAAGCAUGGGACCAAGGAGGCCAGACCCUGUCGCUGGAAACCAGGGCGAAGCCAUGAGCAGUGACUCAGGGCUCCUUGGGUGCAUGUGUAUAGUUGAAGCUGCCUGUCUGCAUGUAUCCUCUGGCUCUAAUGCUGUCUGUUGGCUCUGCAGCACAAUAUGUAACCAAUAAAGCUCCCUAGUUUCCAUGUGCUUUGUGUGAAUGUGAGUCAGUCAGUGAUGCCAUUUUUCUUGAUGUCAUCUCUGUGUACAGCUGUUGCUAUGCACUGGUGC